AUGGAGGUUCAAUUGUCACAACAAUUUCCGGAGUGUGUUCACUUUAUAAAUGAACAUGGUGUUCGAACUCAGGUAGAUAUCCAUUAUGAAUGGAAACCAAUAGAAUGUCAUGUAUGUCAUCGAUUGGGUCAUGAGACAAUUAAUUGUAAAAAGGCUAAGAAGCAGCAAUGGAUUCAGAAAGCUGUUCAAAAGCCAGAGGAGGCAGUGGAGAAUAGGCACAUAGAAGUACCAGAAAAGGCUAAUAUACAGAAGGCUCAGCCUGAGGUGGACCCAGAAGGUUUUCAAAAGGCUCUUAAACCUAUACGAAUGAGAGUGGGGCAACACAAACCUACAAUUACUAGCAAUGUUUUUGGGACACUGGAAGGGGAAGCUCAUGGACAUGGAGUAGAUGUAGAUGGAAUGUUAGAUGGUGAAAAAGGGAAAUCAAAACUAGGAGGGGGGGGAACCCUUCCUCUGACAAUGGAUAGGGUCUUAGCAUGGAAUGUCCGGGGAGUCAACAAUCCUAAAAAGCAACUAGAGAUUAAAGCUUUCCUCCAUAAAUAUGUUGUGGGGUUGGUUGGCUUGCUGGAAACCAAGGUGAAGGCUGUUCACCUUGGUGAAUUGUAUCAUAAAGUGUUUCAGGGAUGGUGCUUCUCUUCAAAUAUAAGCUACCAUCCAGGGGGUAGAAUUAUUUUAGCUUGGAAGCAUGGAAUAUUUCAAGUAAACAUUAUUAAAGCAACAAGCCAGCUCAUGCACUGUUUUAUUGAGCCAGUGAGCAAAGUGCAUAGUUUCUAUUGCACUUUUAUCUAUGCUUUUAAUCAAUGUGGGGAGAGAGAAGUUUUAUGGCAUGAUUUAGCUCAACUCUAUACUACUGACCCAUGGCUAAUCAUGGGUGAUUUCAAUUUUGUGAGAUAUCCUAAUGAAAGGAUAGGUGCUGUUAUCAGGGCUCAUGAGAUGAUGCCUAUGAAUAACUGGUGUGCUGGUUGUGACUUAGAUGAUUUGAAAAGCUCAGGGUAUUUUUUCACUUGGAAUAAUAAGCAGCGGGGGUAUAAUAGAGUGUUCUCUAAAAUAGAUAGAGCACUUAGUAACAUGGCCUGGCAUGAGGUAUUUCCAACAGCAGAAGUGAGCUUCAUGCCUGAAGGUGACUUUGACCAUUCACCUGCCUUGUUGACUGUUUAUCCUAGAGGUGAUAGUGGUAAAAAAACCUUUUAA